CGGUUUGCUUGCGGUAGUAGACUGCUCGUCCUCUGCUUGCGGCCAAUCACAACAUUUACAACACAAGCUCUGAGAAGAUAUGUCCGCCCCCGAAGUCUACUCGAUCGCCCAGACGCCGGUGACCUGCCAUGCUUUCAAUGCGGAUCGUACCCAGGUCGCUGUGAGCUUGAACGACAGGCAUCUGCAUAUUUUUGAGCGCCAGGGACACGAGUGGAAGAACAUCGAGACGCUUUCCGAGCACGACAAGGUGAUCACAUCGAUCGACUGGGCGCCGAAGACGAACCAGAUCGUCACCGCGUCGCAGGACCGUAACGCGUACGUCUGGGCGCAGACGCCCGACCCACAUACGGGCGCGACCGUCUGGAAGCCGACCCUCGUCCUCCUCCGCAUCAACCGCGCUGCGACGUUCGUGCGCUGGAGCCCGAACGAGGACAAGUUCGCCGUCGCCUCUGGUGCGCGCGCGAUCGCGAUCUGCUCGUUCGAUCCGGAGAACAACUGGUGGGUUGCCAGGCAGCUCAAGAAGCCGAUCCGCUCCACCGUACUCUCUAUCGAUUGGCACCCCAAUAAUGUGCUCUUGGCUGCCGGAAGCGCGGAUAUGAAGGCGCGUGUCUUUUCUGCGUACAUCAAGGAUGUGGACAAGAAGCCUGCACCGAGCGUGUGGGGUGAGAAGCUGCCCUUCAAUACCAUCUGUGGAGAGUACAGUAGUCCCGCGGGCGGAUGGGUGCACGCCGUUGGGUUCUCUCCCUCUGGAGAUGUUCUCGCUUUCGUCAGCCACGAUAGCUCUAUCAGCAUCGUCUACCCCAGCGGUCCCACAGUCUACACCAUCCGGCUCAACUCCCUCCCCUACGUCACGCUCACCUGGACUGCCGAGGACUCGCUCGUCGCAGCGGGCCACGACUGCCAGCCGAUCGUAUACGCCGGCUCCGAGGCGGGCUGGCAGGCCAUCGGCACGCUCGACGACACCUCGGCCGCCGGGGGUGCCAAGGCCGGGGGCGCACGCUCCGGCCCCGUGGGGCGCCUCAACAGUGCGGCGUUCAACACGUUCAGGAACGCGGACACGCGCGGGCAGACGAGCAGCAGCAGCACGGGCGAGGGCGACACGGAGCUGCUCACGGUGCAUCAGAACACGAUCACGAGUGUGCGGCCGUAUGAGGUGGGCGCGGACGGGCGCGUGGCGCGGGUUAGUACGAGCGGGGCGGAUGGGAAGUUGGUUGUUUGGGAUGCGGGUGCUGUGAGUGCGCUUACUGGGAAGAUGAGCGGGAUGAGGAUCUAAGAAGAGGGACGCUAUGUGAUGCCUCUGAAAUGUGAUUUUAUGAUAUGGAUAAUAGUUGCAAGAUUACUGGCGACAUUUUGAAUGGUGUUGAGCUCAAGCACUAAAUAAACAGUGUACUUCAC